AUGCCUCCAAGACUCAAGUCUGGUAUCUUUCGAACAUUUGUAUGCCCGGAAUGCCAGCUCCGGAGCUUCUGUCGCGAUCAACCUCUGGUCCGCCGCAGCUUCAGUACUUCCCCGCGGCUCGACGCUGCAUCAUCUGCCCGAAGCAAAUACCUCCAUCUCACGAACCGAAGCAUCAUCCGCCUCGCGGGGCCCGAUGCUGCCCUUUUCCUGCACAACCUCAUCCCAGCCAAGAUUCUCGACAUUGGAGGCAGCACGAACCCGAUCUACACGGCGUUUCUCUCGGCACACGGAAGGAUAUUGAACGACGUCUUCGUCUACCCACCCGCCCCGGCUGCUGGUGAUAAGCCAGGGGAAGAAUGGCUCAUCGAAGUUGAUUCGGAGAGCGCGGGGGAUUUGUUGAAGCACUUGAAGAAACACAAGUUACGGGCAAAGUUUACAUUGGAAAAGGUGGAUGGACAGAGGAUGGGGGUGUACUACACUUGGCCGCCACCUACCAGCGGGAGUCAGGACUUUGUGAGUUCAAGCAUUACAGGUGGUCUGGGGGGGCAAGAUCCCCGGCCGGGGAUGGGCGUCCGCUGGCUGCUCGACGAGGUAUCCUCAAAAGCAGGCGUGCUACAGCGAUUGGAAGACACGGGGAGUCAACCAGCCACGAUGGAGGAAUACACGGUCCACCGCAUGCUCAACGGGGUCGCGGAGGGACAGUCCGAGAUCAUCUCCGGCCACGCGCUGCCGCAAGAGAGCAACCUUGAUUUCUUUGGCGGAAUCGAUUUCUUCAAGGGUUGUUACUUGGGCCAGGAGCUGACCAUCCGGACGCACCACACCGGCGUGGUCAGGAAGAGGAUCCUACCGUGCCAACUGUACGAUCCCGACGACGCCGAGCCGUUGCCUGGGGGUCAGGAGCUUCCCGAGUACAGAGCCGAUAUGAAGAUGCAGCUGCCGCCUCCAGGUUCAAAUAUCUGCAAGUUGAAAGCGAAAGGGCGAGGGCGCAGUAGUGGCAAGUGGCUCGGCGGAGUGGGCAACAUCGGGCUCGCGCUUUGUCGCUUGGAGAUGAUGACGGAUAUCCAAUUGACUGCGGACAGGACGAACUAUGACCCGACCGAGCAGUAUAAGGUACAGUGGGAAACAGCGGAAGGUGGAGAACAGCAGGGGGUCAUGCUCAAGCCGUUUGUGCCCAGGUGGUUGAGGGAGGGUGUCGAGCAGAGUCUGCGGAGGAAGGAGAAGAAGGCCAAACCCAGAAGAGAAGAGGAGGAAGAAGAGGAGGAAGUUGAUUAG